UUUCUAAUAAAAAAGAAGAAUUAGCUAAAAAUAUCGAUUUUCAUAAUAAAAAUAUUUGUUUAAUAAUUGAAUAACGUGAAGAUGUUUUACUGCAUUUGUAUUAGUAUUUAGUGAAUUUAGAUUUUGAAAAAUAAACUUUACUUAUACUCGAAAAUUAUUGUGUAAAACAUGUCUCAGAUAUCAUACAUAUUAUGUAUUCCGGAGAUAGCACUGGAAAAAAUAUUUUCAUUUUUAACUUAUGACGAGAUCGCUAAAAACAGAAUUGUUUGCAAAACGUUCAAUGAUGUAGGAAGUAAACUUCUUUCUCGCAGUUUUUACCAAUUAGAAAAACGCCAUGCAGCUAUUCACAAGAGAUUUAAAUCGCUUCUUCCUCGAAGGGAAUCUGAAAGAAAAUCCCAUCCGCUCUCUAGACACUGUGAUAUACUUCAAGCAGUGGAGACAAGAUUAAGCAUGUUAAGCAUGACUUAUAAAAAGUAUAUAGAAAGUAAUAUGUUGUGUUUCAUACCGGGAAAGGUACUGGAUGAGAUAAAAGGUCUGUUAAAAUUGGUGGAAACCAAUCAAAACCCCCCUAGAACCCAUCAACUUUUACAAGAAUUAAGAGAUUUGAGUAGCAUGGCGAUGGAGCAUUUUGAUGAACACAUUUUACCACGUCUACAAGAACAAGUUGAUCUUCGAUCAGGUGAUAUUUCGUACAGUACCGCGGCAUCCGGAUCCAAAACCUCAAGGUUUAUAUUCGCACACAAUUCGCUCUCGAACGAAAUUCGCAAAGUGAAAAAACAGAGUAAAUCGCACAAAUACCACAUCUCCUACUUGGCUCAAAGCACUCAAAAAUUAACUCAAAAACUAAAGAAACAAAAUAAACACAUGAAAACGCAAUUUUUGAAAAUACAAGAACAAGCGAAUAAAAUCCAAGAACAGAAUACUAAGAUAAGAGAACAAGAAGCCGCCCUGGCGGAAAUGAAGAAACACAUUGAAGAAUGGGACCAGAAACAUAAAGAUCUACAUACCGAAUUGGUGCGCGCCAAAGAAGAUUUCAUGUCUAUUGGAGCGCGAGAAAAGACACCAAUCGUUCAACAAAAAUUAUAUAAACCCCAUAGAACUCCCGUAUUAUCAACGUAUUUAGAUUUGGAGAGGAAACGGAAAGGGACCACCUCGAAUGAUGUACCGGUGAAGCAAAUCAAGACAGAUGAUAAAGAUGUCGUGCGUUUUAAAAACGAAAUAUCCGAUGACGAUGAUUGCGGAUCUAAAUUCACUCGUAGUAAGUUUGGUCAAAUCGUGGCUUCUUUACUUCUCAGUCAGCCGAUUAAUUCGAAGAAUAGGAAGAGGAAGAUGCAAGAAGAUUUAGAUUUAUAGGAAAAAAAUAAGAUUUUAAUUUUUUUUCAUAUAUAUAUAUAUAUAUAUAUAUACACCUAUAUAUAAUAUGAAUAAUAUUGAAAUAAAUGAUAAUAACUUACCUUAAAAUGGAUAUAAUAAAAAAUAAUUAAAUUGAGUUGGAAAUUUUUUUUCGCCAGGUAUAUAUUAAGUAAUAUCGUUGAUUGCAAAUAAAUAAAAAUAAA